AUGGGUAAUUUUAAGGAUACUGUGAAAGAAAAAAUCACGGCAGAAAACGUUGCCAUAUUCUUUGGCCUACUAUCAACAUGUCUCAUUGCGGCGCUCGUCGUGGUUGUCGUACAUCGGGACAACUUGUGGCUGGAGCUAGCGGAAGCCAAAGAGAAAUUGGAUGUAUUGGAAGACUAUAUACAGGCCAAUGUUCUCUCUGACAUCUCAAGGCAAUUUAAAGCGCAUUUGGGCAACGAACUUUAA